AUGGAAGAGAUGAUGAAGCUGAAUAACACACUGAAGAUGGAAACUGUAAACCAAGCUUGGAUCGGUCUACAGAGAGGAGACACUGGGAGAUGGCAGUGGUCUCUGGCAGACCAAACCUUCCACAGAGAUGAAGACACUUACAGAAACUGGGAUAGUGGGGAGGAGAAAAACAACCCGGAUGAGUUCUGUGCUGACAUAGCAACAAAGGAUGGUUUAUGGUAUAGCAGUACAUGUAACACGACAUUACCGUUUGUGUGUUAUGGAGAAAAUAACACAAAGAGUAAUUAUUAUAUAAUAAAUAAUGAGACGAAGACUUGGCGUGAUGCUCAGACCUACUGUAGAGAGAACUACAUCGACCUGGUCAGUGUGAGGAACCAAACUGAGAAUGAGAAGAUCAGGAAUAUGAUUCAAAAUUUCUCUAAUGUUUGGAUUGGUCUGUUUUUUGAUCGCUGGAAGUGGUCAGAUCAGAGUAAUUCCUCAUUCAGAUACUGGAGCUCUAACAAACCCAGUGGAGGUUUAAACUGUGCUGCAGUGAACGUGUCUGAUCAACUCUACUGGAGUGACGUGAACUGUACAGAAAACCUCCCGUUCAUCUGCCAUGAGAACAAACUUGUAUUGAUCAAGCAGAAUCUGACCUGGAAAGAAGCUCUGAGAUACUGCAGGAACAAUCAUUAUGACCUGGUCUCAGUGCUCACUCAGGAGAUGCAGCUCUGGGUGAAGGAAGUGGCUCAAAACGCCUCCACUGAACACGUGUGGCUCGGCCUGCGUCACACCUGCACUCUGGGCUUCUGGUACUGGGUGACUGGGGAGACGAUCUGUUACCAGGACUGGGCCCCGGGGAACGGGACAGGGUUUGAAGACUGCAGGAAUGAGGAGAGAACCGGAGCAGUGCAGUGUAGAGGAGGGCAGCAGUGGAUCAGCCUGCCUCAGAGCAACAAACUCAACUUCAUCUGUUCUAACUAUGAAGAUGAGUUUGGCAGUAAAAGAGGCAUCUGGAAGAAGUGGCAUAUGGAAAGGCAAGACAUCACAGAGGGCAGUGUAGUUCUUAUGAAAGACCAUCAGUCCAAACGUAACCAGUGGCCUUUGGGGCGCAUCUCCAGAGUGUUCCCAAGUGAAGAUGGAAGGGUACGAAAGGUGGAGAUCAAGGUUAUGGAUAAAGAAGAGGCAAAAGUGUUCAUCAGACCCAUAACUGAAGUGAUAAUGAUCAUUCCUUCAGAGUAA